CUUGUGGUAUAUUAAUGCGAUUAAACUCAUUCUCGUUGGGAAAAUAAGUUAACUACGUGGUAAUAUCGCAAUACUAUAAUUUUUAGUUUGUAACGUUUUGGGGAUAAAUAUUAUCUGAAAAAUUUAGAGUCAGCUGGUUUCCCGCGGUUUAUCUGACUGUAUAUCAACAGUUAAUUCUUUAUGUAGUGUGUAUAAUUCCGAUUGCCGAACUAACCUUUGUUGAGAUUUCUGACGUGAAACUUUCUCAGUUUUUCGGGGCACAGAAGAGAUUUCUUCCUCAGGAACUGUCCAGUGUCUCAGUUUCACAGUAAAUUGGUCGACAUGGAACACUCGGAAAUGGAAUUUAUCGCUGAAAAACAAAAAGUUAAAAUUGUGCCAAAUUUUUCAAUGAGUAAAAUAUAUUUUAUAUCUGGUGAAGUGGGGCCAUUUCAACCAGGUUUGCCAACAGAAGUCCCAUUCUGGCUAGCAAUAUCUUUAAGACAACGACAAAAAUGUGUAAUUCACCCACCUGACUGGCUGACAAUAGAGCGUUUAGAAGAAAUUAAAGAAGCCGAAACAACUACAGAACUUUUCACUCCUCUUCCAAACACUCAUUUUCGGGAAAUGUGUCAGUUACUUCUUACACAUGCUAAACCUAACAUACAGAAUGCAGACGCUGUCCGAACUUUAGUUAAAGACAUUUGGGACAUACGGGCUGCAAAAUUAAGAAGCAGUAGUGAUAAAUUUAUUCGGGUUCAAGCAGGCCACGCCCGAAUCGAUAAUUUAACUCUAAUGGAGAUAAAUAUAGCCCGUCCAUUUUUGUUAGCAUCAUUGGACCACUUACACACAUUAAGAACAUCAAAGUUACAUGUUGAAAGAAUUGUUCCAACACAAUAAACUGUGACCCAGCAAAACUGAUGCUUAGAUAUUUUGGGUGAAAAACUACAAUUAGUAUUUUACUUGAUAAUUACUCAUUUUCCUUUUCAUACAUCUACUGGGUUUCUGUUAAAAAACUAUCUAUAGUCUGUGUAUUAGAAGUAUUAAAAACUGAUACUUAAUUUUUUUUAGUGAAAAACUAGGAUUAGUAAUUCACUUAAUAAUUAAACUGUUUGCUGACUUA